AUGGCCGACGAACUUCUCAAGGUCAAUGGCCAAGGCCGUCCCAGUAACGUCAAACACCACACCUCACCGUCUCUCAUGAUGAAUGCGCAUUUCGCCGGCGUGGGCGACAACGCCGACAAUGCUGCCUAUGAACACGGUAUCCAGGUCAUUGACGAGGACAAGAUGUUCAACGGAAACGUAUCUACAUAUCUCAACAUCGAAAAGGUGAUUCCGGCCGGCUUCAACUACCACCUCAUAUCCGUCUUCGGUUCGCAGUCAACGGGCAAAUCCACGCUCCUCAACCACCUCUUCGGCACCCAGUUCGGCGUCAUGUCCGAGCAAGAGCGCCGGCAGACGACAAAGGGAAUCUGGAUGAGCAAGAACAAGCGGGAGUCGGGCGGCUCUAGCAUGGCCGAGAACAUCCUCGUUAUGGACGUCGAGGGCACAGACGGUAGAGAGCGAGGAGAGGACCAAGACUUUGAGCGGAAAAGCGCCCUCUUUGCGCUUGCCACCAGCGAGGUUUUGAUCGUCAACAUUUGGGAACAUCAGGUUGGUCUGUACCAGGGUGCCAACAUGGGGCUGCUCAAAACCGUCUUCGAGGUCAACCUGCAGUUAUUCGUCAAGGACAGCCAAUCCACCCCUCGAUCCCUCCUCUUCUUCGUUAUCCGCGAUCACCUCGGCACCACACCCCUCAAGAACCUUCAAAAUACCCUCGUACAGGACCUGUCCAAGUUGUGGUCUACCAUUUCGAAGCCGGCCGGGCUUGAGAACUCGCGGAUAGAAGACUACUUCGACUUCGCCUUUGUCGCACUGCCACACAAGAUCCUACAACCCGAAAAGUUUGACGAGGCCGUUACACAGCUCAGCACUCGCUUCAAGGAGGGAUACAAUGACCCGCGGAAGAGCGGCCUCAUUGACGAGGCUACGGCACCCAUCUUCCUACCCCAGUACCACCGACGCAUCCCCGCAGACGGUUUCUCCGCAUACGCCGAGGGCGUGUGGGAUCAGAUUGUGAACAACAAGGACCUGGAUCUACCCACACAGCAAGAACUCCUCGCCCAGUUUCGAUGUGACGAGAUCUCGAGAGAGGUCCAGGUGGCGUUUGAUGAGACGAUUACACCUCUAGAAGACAAGCAGGCUGAAGAUGCUCGGGCAGGCACACAUUCUCUCAUCCCGGAUCUCGGGCCCAAGAUGAAUGCUGCGCGGCAAAAGGUUCUCAAAGACUUUGAUGUGAAUGCGAGCCGGUACCACAAGGGCGUCUACAAGCGGAAGCAAGCAGAACUCGAGGGCAAGGUUGAUACGCGGCUCAAGGCACUGUUCCAGAAGCAACUCACGGCCGCUCACAAGUCUGGUAUAGAAGGCUUUACCGAAGCCGUCAGUGCGGCGGUGAAGAACGGCCAGAAGAAGAAUGCAUCCUACGACUUUGCACAGAUUGUCGACUCUGAAAAGAAGAAGGCUCUGACCAAAUUUGAAGAGGAUGCGACAGCUAUGGCCAUUGAAGGCGCUGCCUGGAGUAGUCACGAGAACGAGUUGAAAAUCUACAAGAAGGAGCUAGAUGACGUGUCAGGUCGCCUCCGCAAAGAGGAAAUGAGACGCUUAGCCACCAGAAUCGAACGCUGGGUGCGCACUCGUUUAGACGAGUCAAUUGGUCUGGAAUUCAACAAGCUCGGAUCCGGUCGAGGUGGUUCUGGAGCGCCCGAGCAUGGCGAUCGACCACCAACAGAGAAGGAUCUCUGGGACCGUGUCUGGACAAUCUUCACCGAUACUGUAAAGAUGGCCGAGAAGCGUUUCACGGACCGAGCAUCCAGCUUCGACGCUAGUGCCGACGAGGUUGAGGUUGGUCUAUGGAGAUUACGACGCAAGUCUUGGGGUGUACUCCGUGCAAAGAUUGACGAGGAGGUCAUGGAGGGUAACAUUCUGUUGAAGCUCCGGGAGAACUUUGAAGACAAGUUCCGCUACGACGAUCUGGGUGUGCCGAGAAUAUGGCGUCCGACGGAUGACAUUGAUGGCUUGUACACAAAGGCCCGCGAGUCCACCAUUACCGUCAUUCCUCUUCUCGCACACUUUAAGCUGGCAAAGACUUCCAAGCCACCGCCGCUUGAUGCGUGGAUCGGCGAAGCGCCCGCUUCAGUUUCGCCCGCUGAUGAGGAGGAUCUCUCACCCAUCGGCGGCGUAGAUGACGACGAGGACAAGACAUUAGAAGACGAGAUGACUAUCCUAUCUGACGGGAAGCAAGCCGACCUACUCGUCCGGUUCAAGAAGACCGCCGAUGGCGUCUACGUCGAAGCCAAGCGUGGUGCCAUUGGCGGACUCUCUCAAAUUCCAUUCUGGCUAUACCCCGCAAUGCUUGCUCUGGGGUGGAACGAGAUAGUAGCCGUCCUACGCAACCCCAUAUACUUCAUCUUCCUCAUCCUCCUCGCCGUCGCCGCCUACGUAACCUACACGCUCAACCUCUGGGGCCCCAUCAUGCGCGUCGCCAACGCCGCCAGCCAGCAAGGUCUCGAAGUCGGCAAAGAGCGUCUUCGCGCUUUUCUGGAGAAUUCCGAUGCCGGUCGUCAGGCUAUGGCUAUGAGCGGUAGUGGUGAUUCAAACAGUACUAGGAGAUAUGAGGACGUCAAGAUGGAUAGGCUGAAUGGUGAUGGAAAGAAGAGCAAAUCCAUGGAAGAGGAUUUGGAUGAUAUUUGA